AUGUCAGAGAGACGACUCACGUGGUUAAAGUCUGUCCCGGGGAAGUUGUCCCACCCAGAAGGGGUGGCGGCAGCCAAAACACAUGGAGGCAGCUGCAGCGAGGGAGUGGAGGAGGCAGCGUGCUGCAGCAACAGACAAGUGCGGAGAAAGAAGGGGAGGGCUCUCGAGAUCCUAGGAGAGCGGGAGUCCCGCGAACACGAAGAGCCGACCACCUCGGAGAUGGCGGAGGAGACCAACCCCCCCCGCCUCUCCGAGCUCAAGGCCGAGGCCCUGAAGAAGGACCGCCGGAAGAAGCUGACCCUGUCCAAGUUCGUCGGCGGGGCGGAGAACACGGCGCAUCCCCGGGUCGCCGUCCCCGAGCUGAGGCAAGAGUUCGAGCUGGGCCCUUGCAGGAGGCAGAUGGAGGCCUCGCUGCAGGAGAUCAAGACCAGCGAGCGGAUGAUCCCACGAGCUGUUCACCUCCCCAACUGCGACCGGAAGGGAUUCUACAAGAGGAAACAGGUACCCGGGAGAUGCACGUGGCCGGUCCCAGGGCAAGGGAGUGAUUGUGUCGGAGCCGUGUGGAGCUGGUCUGGUGCUCGGGGACGAUGUCCCCUGGCUCCUACAGAGCACGUCCCGACCUUAGCUCCCAAAGCGCUUGACCGAGCAGAGCGCUAGCAUCCUGCCUCAGUUUCCCCAUCUGUCAAAGGAGGAUGGAGCGGUGACGUGACCUGUCUGAGGUCACUCACAGAGCCAGGACCAGAACCUGACGCAGAGCCCCGGCCUGGCACGCUAACUGCUAGGCGACACUGCCGUCCGGCCCGGGGACUGCCCUCUUUCAGCUAAGAUGCAACACUGCUACCGUGAGUGCCACAAGUCAGGGUGUGGGCUCCAUGGGGCACCAGCCAGGCCCCGGCAGGGACCCUCUGGCCGGGUUAGGGGAGGGCUCUCUUAUCACCCAGCCUCCUUGGAGGUCAGCCAGGUCGCGCGGCAUGAGGCCCCCGUGCAGCAGCUAAAAGAGCAUCUGCCCAGAGUCGUGUGUUGGCAUCAGGGCCUGGGGUGCUUUCCCAGGCUUCUCCAGAUGGGCUG